AUGGGCGCAGCCAUUGGCAAAGGCAUGCGCCGCCCAGCGGCCACUGCCCGGCCGCCGCCAUUGGCGGUAACCACCGGCAGUGGCCCGACAGCCACCGUCGCACCGCCGGCGCAAAUCGCAGCCCGAGCGCAGCUCGCGCCCCGCCCGCGCACCGCCAUUCUGCUGCCGCCACCCCUGCUCGGCCACAGUCGCCAGCGCACCAGCCCCCUGGUCGGUCAUGUGACCAGGGGCCGAAGCCAUUGGCAGAGGCACGCGCCGCCCAGUGGCCACUGCCCGGCCGCCGCCAUUGGCGGUAACCACCGGCAAUGGCCCGACAGCCACCGUCGCGCCACCGGCGCAAAUCGCAGCCCGAGCGCAGCUCGCGCCCCGCCCGCGCACCGCCAUUCUGCUGCCGCCACCCCUGCUCGGCCACAGUCGCCAGCGCACCAGCCCCCUGGUCGGUCAUGUGACCAGGGGCCGAAGGCAUUGGAAAGGAGUUUCUGUGCUCUUUCCAGAUCUGUCAUUUAUUUUUCCAGAAUCUACACAAGCCAUUGGCAGAGGCACGCGCCGCCCAGUGGCCACUGCCCGGCCGCCGCCAUUGGCGGUAACCACCGGCAAUGGCCCGACAGCCACCGUCGCGCCACCGGCGCAAAUCGCAGCCCGAGCGCAGCUCGCGCCCCGCCCGCGCACCGCCAUUCUGCUGCCGCCACCCCUGCUCGGCCACAGUCGCCAGCGCACCAGCCCCCUGGUCGGUCAUGUGACCAGGGGCCGAGGGUCUUAGCCCCUGAGGGCUGCGCUGGAAAGCUGGUUCCAAGCCCGAUCUAA